UAUCAUCAGACAUUCUUUCAGUACAGAGACAAAGGGGAGAUGCAGGAACCCUACGGGGGCGGAAAGGUCCUGAGCUUGGCCAACAAUGAGACAGCCCCCCUGCUCUCUUUAAAUAUUUUACUCCUCCUCUAAACUUUUCUCCCCGGCUUGUGGGCUCAUUGUGGCAAAUCUGCGGUGAGCCAGGGAAGAGUCUGUCUGUGUGUGGUGUGGAUUACUGGUGGAGGGCAUGACAGCUACAAGAUCUUGUUUGAAUUGCUGAAUUAACUGGAAUUAAACAGGAUGUCCAAGCUCAGCCUGUGCCUUUUUGCACUGUUGUGCCUAAGGAUACAGCACUCUCAUGGCUGGUUCUGGUUUGAUGGCUCCAAGGAAAAUGGGAAGGGCACGCAGACGCCGGCCUACCUGACUACCGUAAGGCCCACAUCACAGCCGAGGACAGAACCACCCAGAAAAUCAGGUACAAGAGCUUCUGUAACUGGGGUCUCCAAAGAGGGCGAGAAGCUUGGUAGAUAUUUGGGAAGUGGUGACAAUUUCGAGGGGUCAGCAGGGGAGGGUAAAUCAGAGUUCAUAUCCAGGACUGGGUUGGAGGGUGGAUCUGGACAAAAAUCCAAAGCAGAGUCAGAAUCUAGAAGUGGGUCAGUGUCUGAAUACGCUUCUGGAACUUCUCAAUAUGAAAGCCAGGAUGGCUAUGUUACUUCAACCAACCUGUCACAUAUAUUUGGUGAAAAUGCAAGUGUGCACGCAGGAAAUCUCAAUCUCGAGACCAAUUCUAGCAAUGUGAAACAGGUGGAUGGACACAACACAGAUGAGUGGACAGUGAUAAGCCUUGAUGUUUCUUUUAAAAAUGUGAGCAGUUACAAUAAUAUAAAUGGCCGUAAUUCUACCGUGCAUGAUAAUUAUGAUAACACGACACAGUAUUCCCUUGAAUACUUUGUCUCAGAUCAUUUACUAACCACUGAAAGUAAGCAGUUUGUCAUAGCUAGCAUGUCAACAGUCCUGGAAUCUCCGCGCUGCUUGCCGAUUGAUUCUAAUUUGCCGUUUUGCACCAGAAUGGGAGUGGAGAAUUUUAUGGUGCCUAAUUUUUUAAAUCAAAGCAGCGUGGAGGACGUUCAAGUGGUCUUGACCGAGUGGGCGUGGCUAUUGGGGUCAAACUGCCACCAUAGUUUGGAAUGGUUUUUCUGCCUGCUCUUGACACCGCCGUGCAACGCACCUGGAUCGCCGCCUCCAUUGCCCUGUCGCAGUUCCUGCGAGGUCCUCCGUGACAGCUGCUGGAUGCUCCUGGAUGAGGGUCGGCUCCCUGUGGAGUGCCACUCUCUGCCUGAAGAUGAGCAUGAUGGGUAUCAGUGCUUUUCAGUUAGUAACCAGAAAGAAGAGAGUGGAGUAUCACUGUUGCAAUUAAUUGGUGAUCCUCCACCCGAUGGCAUCACCAAAGUCUAUGGUCCCGAUAACAGCCCUGGUUACGUUUUUGGCCCAAGCUCCAAUGUGGGCCAAUCUGCUGCGGUUUACCUGCCCAAUCCUUUCUUCCGUGACUUCUCCCUGAUCUUUAACAUAAAACCCACGUCCACCAAGCCUGGUGUCAUCUUCUCCAUCACAAACCCAUCUCAGAACAUCAUGUAUGUGGGUGUGAAGCUGUCUGCCAUUGUGAAUGGCAAUCAGGAUAUCAUCUUCUACUACACCGAGCCGGACUCGCAGAGCUCGUACGAGGCCGCCAAAUUUACUGUGCCUUCUAUGCUGAACACCUGGACCCGGUUUUCUAUCAGUGUUCGAAAUGAACGGGUGUCCCUUUACUUCAGGUGUGACUCUGACCCUAAAGCCGUCAACUUUGAGCGGUCUCCAGAUGAUAUGGAUCUGGACGCUGGGGCUGGAGUGUUUGUCGGUCACGCCAGUGGAGCAGACCCUGAUAAGUUUCUGGGUGUCAUCGGUGAUCUGAGGGUGUUGAAAGACCCUAGGGCAGCUGAACACCACUGUGAGGAAGAUGAGGAUGACUCAGAUGAGGGAUCAGGUGAUUACGUAGGAAGUGGUGACAAGGAUGGACAACAAUCAGUCCAGCCGACACCUCCCUCCUCUCUGCCUCUCCCGCAGCCGCCGGUGACCAGCAAACUGACAGGUACUACUGGAGCAAGAGGAGAGAAAGGAGACAGAGGAGAGAAGGGAGCCAAAGGUGACAAGGGCCCUGCGGGGCCGAAGGGCGAUUCAGGAUCUGGAUCUGUGUCUGGUGGUGGUUCAAAAGCAGAGGAGGGUGCCAUUGGAGAGAAAGGAAUGAAGGGCAAUCCCGGUUUUGGUUAUCCCGGACCAAAGGGUGACCGUGGCAGCCCUGGGCCUCCAGGGCCUCCCGGUCCCCCAGGGCCCAGUGCAGAAGUAGAGGUGAGGGGAGAUGGUUCUGUAGUGCAGAGGGUGAUGGGACCAAGAGGACCACCUGGACCACAAGGGCCACCAGGACCCGCUGGCCCUGCUGGAGCUGAUGGAGAGCCAGGUGAUCCUGGUGAAGAUGGAAAGGCUGGCCCUGUUGGACCUCCUGGUUUUCCCGGAACUCCUGGGAAUGCAGGACCUAAAGGAGAGAAAGGUGAACGAGGUGAAGGCCAGCCAGGACCCCGUGGGCCUCCUGGCCCCCCAGGACCCCCAUCUCGCUCUGAUAGGCCUACAUUUGUGGACAUGGAGGGAUCUGGAUUUGGUAUGGACAUUGUGCGGGCAUUGCCCGGUUUGCCUGGCCCACCUGGUCGUCCCGGGCCUCCGGGUCCCCCUGGCCUUGGGUCUUCAGGCUCUGGUGGUUUUGGUCCUCCUGGCCCUCCUGGGCAAAAUGGUGCUCCAGGUCAACCGGGACUACCAGGUCUACCAGGCACUGAUGGAAAACCAGGCUCACCAGGCCUAAGAGGAGAAAAGGGUGACCCCGGUGAGCUGGGCCUACCUGGACCUGUGGGAGAGAAGGGUGCUCAAGGUUCCCCUGGUUCCCCUGGCCUCCCAGGAGAGAGUGGACUUGCUGGUCUUCCAGGACCAAUGGGACCUGUUGGACCACCAGGGCCACCUGGUCCUCCUGGCCCAAGCUAUCAUGUUGGUUUUGAUGAUAUGGAAGGCUCUGGAAUUAACUUUGGUUCAGUCCCUGGAGUCAGAGGACCUGUGGGAAGACAGGGACUUUCUGGUUUGCCAGGACAACCAGGUAAGCCUGGUUCCCCUGGAUUUCCUGGUGAGAAAGGCAGUGAGGGACCUCAGGGAAGAGAUGGCCACCCAGGGCUGGAUGGCUUCCCUGGACCACAGGGACCAAAGGGGAACAGGGGAGAGAGAGGAGACAGAGGUGAACCUGGUCGAGAUGGGACUAGUCUUCCAGGUCCACCCGGCCCACCUGGACCUCCUGGACAAAUUAUAUAUAGAAAUUCUGAAAAUUAUGAUGGAGCUGGAAGAGCAGGACCUCAGGGUGGGCCUGGUAUUACUGGUCAAGCAGGAUUACCGGGCCCAGUAGGACCAAAGGGUGACAGAGGCGAGCCUGGUGCACCAGGCUAUGCCAUUAAGGGGGAAAAAGGAGAACCCGGACAUAUUACUGGACCUGAUGGAAACCCACUUUAUCUUGGUGGAUUGACAGGCCAGAAAGGAGAGAGAGGGAAUCCAGGACCAGUCGGUCCUCCUGGGCCAUCUGGACCUCCUGGUUCGAAAGGUGAAUUUGGAAUGCCAGGCAGACCUGGCCGUCCAGGUGUAAACGGAUAUAAAGGAGAAAAGGGAGACUCAGGGUCUGGCUCUGGAUAUGGCUACCCAGGUCCACCUGGUCCCCCGGGACCCCCGGGUCCCCCUGGGCCUGCUGUGCCCUUGGACAGAUUCAGUAGAUUUGAAGAUUUUGCAAGGCAGUAUCCAGCUACAAAAGGGGAGAAAGGAAACCAGGGAGCCCCUGGGAUUCCAGGAACUCCAGGUUUUGCCUCCAACUUUGAUAUCUACGCCCUCAAGAAUGAGGUGAAGGGAGAGCGCGGUGAGACUGGUCUUAAAGGCGAGAAAGGAGAACCAGGUGGUGGAUUUUAUGACUCGCAUUUUGGAGCUGUACAGGGGCCACAAGGACCACCAGGAAACCCUGGACUUCCUGGGCCUAAAGGAGACUCAAUCAGAGGGCCCCCGGGACCUCAGGGUUCAUCAGGACCACCUGGUGUUGGUUAUGAUGGCCGUCCAGGAAACCCAGGUCCUCCUGGUCCGCCUGGCCCACCAGGGUCACAAUCCUUGCCGGGACCCUAUAGACCAGCGGUCAAUAUUCCUGGACCUCCAGGUCCCCCUGGCCCUCCUGGAAUCCCUGGCCAAGGAUCUGGGCAGGUGACUGUGCUGAGGUCUUAUGACAUAAUGAUUGCAACAGCACGCAGACAGACAGAAGGUGCUCUCAUAUAUAUUUUGGACAGAGGUGAUCUCUACAUCAGAGUUCGGGAUGGUGUCAGACAAGUGAUGCUUGGUGAUUAUAAACCAUUCUAUGGAGAUCUGAACAAUGAGGUGGCAGCAGUCCAGCCACCCCCUGUUGUUCAUUAUUCCCAGGACCACACAGCCGACAAUGGAGCAGAGCAGAUUUCUCCACCACACAAGCCGGUUGAGUUUCCUUGGAGGGAGCCAAAUCUGCAGUACCCCUCCCAGCCUGAACCUAGAUACCCACCCCACACUGAUAACGGGUACAAUCCUGUGCAACCACAUAUUAGAUAUCCGGUCACUCCUGCCCGCCAUCCCAACCCCCCUGUCAAUCAACCAGAAGGCCACACCCACACAUCUGGACCAGGGUUGCAUCUUAUUGCCCUGAACGCUCCACAAGUGGGCAACAUGAGAGGCAUUCGUGGAGCGGACUUCCUGUGCUUCCAGCAAGCUCGAGCCGUGGGACUGAAGGGAACAUUCAGGGCCUUCCUUUCCUCCAAACUUCAGGAUCUCUACAGCAUCGUCCGCAAAUCUGAAAGAGACACACUGCCGAUUGUUAACCUCAAGGAUCAAGUGCUUUUCAGUAGCUGGGAGUCUCUCUUCAGUGAUUCAGAGAGCAGGAUAAAGGACAAUGCUCCCAUCUACUCGUUUGAUGGCAGAGAUGUCCUGAGAGACAGUGCCUGGCCAGAGAAGAUGAUCUGGCAUGGGUCCAAUGGUAAGGGUCACCGGCAGACGGAUAACUACUGUGAGACGUGGAGGGCCGGAGACCAUGUGGUGACAGGCCUGGCCUCCUCCCUGCAGGCCAGCCAACUCCUCCAGCAGACUCCCAGCAGCUGCUCCAGCUCCUACAUCGUGCUGUGCAUCGAAAAUAGCUACAUUACACACUCCAAGAAAUAAAGUCGUCCACAAGAGUUUUUGAACACUCUCCAACUGUUUAAACAGGCCUAGUUCCACUCCAGUAGAUGCCUGUGCCUAUGAAUUAUAAUAAUAAAAGAAUAUAAACAAAAAAUGUAAAGAACUGAGUCUGCCUUAAAGAGAAUUUGCCCAUUGUCUGCUCCCUCACCAUAACGCCAAAGAGGCAGUUGAACGUGGAGGUGUUUGCGCUCUCUAAGGGCAUUGGCACAUAUUUUUCAGGGGGUUAAACCAGAGAAGUGAGGCCAACUGAGGCAGUGUUUUUAAGUGUAUCCAUAUAAAAUUUUGUAUAUUAAUUUUUUGUUGUAUGUGUUGUUUUUAUGUUUAUUUUGAAGAUGUUUUAAUUGGUAUAUUUCACCAAUUUUAGCUCCAUAUUUUUGUGUAAAUUGUUCCACUAAUUUGUCCAUACUGCUUCCAUUUUCAUCCAAAGUUUUUUGGAUACCGAGGGGCCAACAUUUAGCUAUAGGUUAAGGGUUAAAAAGAGAAAAUAUUUAUUUCCCAAUGAAGAGAGCUAAAAUAUGAUUUGAAACAGAAAAAUACAACUUUUAUUUUAUUUUUUUUGUGCUUUUUUAGUUGGCACUUUUUACAGAGUUCAAUUUUCCCAUAGAAAAAAUUGUGAAACUGAAAUGGUUAACCUUGGCUAAAAUGCAUAAAAAAAUAUAUUUUAGCCUAUUUUUAAGACUUACGCAUUUUAAUUUCAUAAUACAUUUUCAUCAAAUUGAAGUGUGUAAUCUUUAACAUAAUUCAAUUAAUAAAACUUGAAUAAAAGUAAGAUUGCACAAUUAAAUUUGAUGGAAUUUUGUAAUGAAAUUGAAGUGUGUGAAUCUUAAAAAUAGGCUAAAAUUAUUAUUUUUUGAGUGUGGUAACUCUCUUGUUAGAGUCCAGUUAGUAUGCUGUAAUAAUGUGCCUUGAAAAUUUCAAUACAUAUCCCUCAAAAGGGAUUUUAAAAAACAAAAAUUAUUUUAAAUACUUCUGUUGCAUCUUUGGGAUCACUUUUAUAUAUUAUUAUUGUGAUUAAUGUGAAAUUUCAUAUGGACAUUCUUCUUAGUGUCAUUGUUUUACUUUUCUGGUUGAAUCCAAAUGUUUUUUUUUUGUUUGUUUUUUUGUUUUUCAAAAAAGCAAAGUGGAUGACAUAUGUAAAAAGGGGAGGCUGCAAGAUUUGUUUGUAUUAAUAAAUACCGAUAUAGAAAGAAUUCAAAAAUGUAGAUAACAUACUGUAUCCCAUAAUUCAUUGUUUAGACAUAAAAGAGCUUUUGGUUGCAUUUGGUGCUUUUCACUGAUAAAACAGCUGCUGACAGUGUUGUUUAGGAGAGACAUAGAUGUGUUUUAUGAAGACAUUUCAUUUUCUAUGCAUAUGGAAUUAGACACGUAAUCCACUGUAGUGCUACUGAUGUAUUCGGUACAUCCCUAUGGACUUUCCUAGUCCUUAUUUUUUUAUUUUAUUUUUUUAAAGUAUGUGCUCUACCAUGUCUCAAAGGCACUGAAUAAAUGAUUUUGUUGUCA